UGACAAUCGAGGUUACGGCAUGAGUGCACCACCAUCGUCGUACGACGACAUCUGCGAGAAGGGCAAGGCGGAAGCGGAGCAGCGCUUGAUUGAUCACUUUAAAGACAAUGGUGGUGAAGUGUGGAACAUUCGGUCGGGCUGUUUGGGGUGCAAGACGAACCCGAACAACGUGCCGUUGAAGACAUGCAGUCAAUGCAAGACCGCGCUGUUUUGUAGCAAGGAGUGCCAAAAGGCCGCAUGGAAGACACACAAACACGAAUGCUUAAUCAUCUCCACGUUCGCCCACGACGAAGCAGACGCGUCGUCCAUUCCCACAACCAUCCAGGCAUGUCUUGACACGCUGUCGCGGACUGAAGCGGUCAAGACGACAGUGUCGGAUGCAGCGCUGAUCAAGGUCGCGAGCAGCAUCGGACUGACAGGGCCAAGCUUCCCUGGAUGGUUCUGCACCGUGAAUCUCAUCGACCAUCCCGCAGCACACUCCGUGUACAUUAAAGCCAUCCUACAGCUCUACGCCAUCUUACGCGACGAAGCAUGCUGGACGCGCGACACGGACAGCUUUCCGCGCUCGUCCUACACGUUUGCCACGACCAUCCCCACGACAUCGGCGUGGCGAAGCGACGCGGUCGCCGCGUUUUUGGCGGCGAACGGUCCUCUGGUGAUCUUCACGGCGUGGCUGCAGGACCCGCAACCACCUGCGAUUCAAUCGGUGCCGUUCGAGAAGCGUCUGAUCUAUGGCCUGCUCGACUCGUUGCUUCAGAUCGAGUGCGUUCGAUGUUGAAUACGGGCUCUAAGAUUCUAACUCGAUAAUGGAGUAGGGAAAUCCGACUGGCUAUUGACGACUACAUGGAUGACGUCAUGUCGAGUGCAUCGGCUACGUCGUAGCCAUCGCAUUUCGUCAGCAUGUCGUAGUCGCUACUAUGGUGGCCAAGAUGCCAAUGCCUUCCGUCGGAUGGACGACUACUGUAGCGAUAUGUCUGGAGGAAAACUACAUAUACUAAUGAACGUGUGUCUAA